UUUACCAUUUUUAAUAAAAACUUUUCUUCAUUCGAAAUUUCAGUGCAUGAUAGAGUUCAAAAUAUAAUUCUUAAAGCAUGAAUAACCUUUGUUUGAUUGUUAUUGAUGGCUGGGGUCUUUCAGAGGAGAAGAAAGGUAACGCCAUUUUCAACGCGCACACCCCUAUCAUGGACGACUUGUCGAAAGAUUCAAGCAAUUAUCUAACCCUAGACGCUUCGGGUUUGUCAGUUGGCUUGCCAGAAGGACUGAUGGGAAACAGUGAAGUGGGCCAUAUGAAUAUCGGCGCUGGACGUGUUAUGGAACAAGAUAUCUUACGAAUUAACAAAGAAGUUGAAAAUAAGGAAAUAAGUAAAAAUCCUAACUUCAUCGAAUGCGCCAACAAUGCCAAAUCUAAGAAUGGUAGACUUCAUUUUUUGGGACUGGUUAGCGACGGCGGAGUUCAUGCGCACAUCGACCACCUCUUUGCUCUGUUGGAAGCAGCUAAAGAACACGAAGUAGCAAAAACAUUCAUCCAUUUCUUUUCCGAUGGUCGGGACACCAGUCCGACUUGCGCUUUUAAGUACGUUCAGCAGACUCUCGAUAAAUGUAAAGAGUUAAAUCAUGGCUGUUUGGCGACAAUAACCGGCAGGUAUUACGCAAUGGAUCGAGACAAAAAUCAUGAAAGAAUUAAACUGGCGUAUGAAGGUAUGGUACAAGGAAAAGGUGAAAAAACGAACGCCGAAGAAGUGGUGAGCUUCAUAAAAACGAAAUACGAAGAUAAAAGUGACCCACAAUCUGAUGAAGACCUGAAACCUAUUAUUGUGAACCAAGAAGGGCUUAUUCAAGAUGAUGACACCCUACUUUUCAUCAAUUAUAGAGCUGACAGAAUGAGGCAGAUAACGGAAGCAUUCGGCAUGAAACCUGAAUUUGAAACUGGUACAAUCCCGAAGAACUUGAUGGUAUGCACAAUGACACAGUACAAAAAAGAUUAUCCGUUUAUAAUGCUAUUUCCACCCCGAGUUCCAAAAAAUGUUCUGUCUGAGUGGAUUUCUAAGAAAGGAUGUUUGCAGUUUCACUGUGCUGAGACGGAAAAAUAUGCUCAUGUCACGUUCUUUUUUAACGGUGGACAAGAGGCAGCGUUCGAGAACGAAACGAGAAAAAUGGUCCCUUCACCAAAAGUUGCCACGUACGAUCUUCAACCAGAAAUGAGUUGUAUGAAAGUAGCGGACGAAAUGGUGAAAGCAAUCAAAUCGGGAAGGUACCACUUCGUUCUGUGCAACCUGGCGCCGCCCGAUAUGGUGGGACAUACUGGUAAAUACGAACCUGCUCUACGAGCAGUUGAAGCAACCGACAGGGCAAUAGGGCGUAUUGUUGAUGCUUGUGUUGAAAUGGAAUACGAGUUAGUCAUUACUGCAGAUCAUGGUAAUGCUGAGAAAAUGUUAGACGAAAAUGGUGAACCAUGCAAAACGCACACAACGAAUCGAGUACCAUUUAUAGUGAGAAGUUCUCGAAAAUUGAAAACACCAGACCAUAAUGCUGCUCUUUGUGAUGUCGCGCCAACAAUUCUAGAUUUAAUGGGUUUAGAUAAACCUCCUGAAAUGACUGGUCGAAGCCUCCUUGCUUAA